AUGAAAUCUCUUGAUUCUCGCGGUCACACUGCGGUCUGCAAGCUGGGGGAUUUGGAGUUCGGCUUCCGUGCAUGCAUGCUGGAUGCAGGUCCAUCUGCUGUGUUCCGGACCCUUGAGGAUUUGGUGCAACCUGUGGAUUGCGAAUUUGCCGAAGGCUUUCUCAACAAAGCCGUGGACAUGUGCACUUGGCAUGCCGGCGGAAAUGGCAACCUUUGCAACUUCGGGUUUGAUUGCAAGCACAUGGUCCUGUUUGGCUCCUCCUCCUUGCAAGGGCAAAACCACAUGGAUGGUGGCACUGCCUUCUCUUUGGAUGUCUGCAAGUCUGACCUGGGGCAUGGCCUGGCGCCCAUUGGCAACGGCUCGGACCUCUUCACGGAAUCCUGA